AUGGCCGCCGCCGCGGAUGUACGCGACAUGCUGGACUUGCCCGCUGAGGGCCAGCCCAGGCCGGCCAAGAAGCAGAAAGUCGUCGAGAAGCGACCAGAGGGCAUUACCCGUGAACUGUACGCGCUUCUCGGUGAGCGGGCGCCACCGAUCGCGAUCAACGAGAACAAGUACAAGGGGCGACCGAAGUUUAUGAACAAGCUGCGAGUCCGGAAAUGGUGUAUGACCCCCUUCGCGAAUCAAGCCAGGGCCGACGGCCUUGUCUUGAAUCACUGGCAACGAGAGCACGAGUCGACUCGACGACCUGCGCCCGAGCCGAAUCAGAUGGAAGUGGAUGAGACUAAGGAAGAAGGAAAAGAGGAAGCACCCAAGACGAAGGAGCAAGAAUAUGCAUUCGCCAAAUACAAUAUCAAGGCCCGCUUGCCUCGACGAUACACUGACGAAGAGUACAACCGACACCUGAAGAGCGAUGACUGGAGUCGAGAAGAGACAGACUACUUGAUGAAUCUCGUUACCGAAUAUGACUUGCGCUGGGUGAUCAUUGCAGACCGCUACGACUACCAACGACAUCUGGACUCAGAACCUGACGCCAACGCGAUCGUACCAGCUAAACAAUACCGGACGAUGGAACAGAUGAAAUCGCGGUUCUACUACAUCGCUGCUACAAUGUUGGCAAUCGAGCAUCCACCUUCCGAAAUGUCCGAGGCCGAGUUUGCCCUACACGAACAAAUGUUGAAGUACGAUCCCGAUCGCGAGCGAGACCGCAAGGACCUCGCCGCUCUGCAGCUCAACCGCACAGCAGACGAGGUGCGCGAGGAAGCCAUGCUACUGGAAGAGCUGAAGCGCAUCACAAGCAACGAGCAAAACUUCAUAACCGAACGUCGCGAACUCUACUCCCGCCUCGAAGUCCCCAUCAGCGUCGGCAACACCGCCAUGUACCAGUCCAGCCAAGGCCUCUCCCAACUCCUCCAGACCCUCCUCCAGGCCGACAAGAGCAAGAAGCGCCGCUCCAUCCUCGGCCCCGAAGGCGCCAUCCCCAGUCCCGUCGGCCAAACACCCACACAAUCCACUGCUCUCGGCCGCGCCGAAACACCCAGUACAACCGCAGCAACCAAGGAUGCCAAGAAAGGCCCAGUUGCCCCCCAGGCACAAUCCGCCUUGCGCACCCUCACUCCAGCAGAGGAAGCCCGCUACGGAGUCCAGCACCACGAGCGCCUUUCCGGAGGUGUCCAAUUCCGCAGCGACCGCGCCCAAAAACUCACGCAGGCCAAGUCCAAUGUACAAACCCAAAAGCUCGCCAGCGCCCUGGCCGAGCUCGAAAUCCCCGUACGCCUGUUCAUGCCUACUGAGCGCGUAUGCAAGGACUUUGAGAAACUCAUUCAAUCCGUCAACCUACUCCUGGACGCCCGGAAGGUCUCUGAAAAGGUUGAGAGUGAGAUUCGUGUCUUGGAAGCUGCCCGGGCAGAGCGCGAGCGCAAGAAUGCCCCUGAGAAUCCGAGCAAAGACCCCGAGCAUCCGGAGGUGAAGACGGAGGCUGAUGAGGGGGGCAAUAGUAUGUUGGGAUCCACUGCCGCGAACGGAACGGAGUCCGGGGGUUCGGCGGAGGGCGAGACUGGUCAAGCGAAGGGUGCUGAUGCCGCAGUUGAUGCCGUACCUGCGAAGCCCCCCGUCAAGGAAGAUGGGAAUCACAAGCGUUCUGCCAGUGUUUUGAGCAGUGUUAGUGACAAGAGCUCGAAGCGGCAGCGGCGCUGA